AUGGCUGUGUCGGUGUGCUUCACCUCGCUCUGCCGCAAGCUCGGCAGCGUGCGCUCCAAAGGCGGCGGCGCGUCGGUCGUCUUCGCCCUCCCACGCGCCGAAGCCUGCCCCAGCGCCCAGCCUCUGCUUCCCUUGCUCCGUCUUGGCCGGUUCUUGCGGGUGCUGUUUCAGCGGCAGCCACCAUGCAGGUACUCGCACGACUUUUGGCGACGACGGUAUGUCGGGGCUGUGCCGUCCCCUGCACUGGAUGACGGCGUUGACAGGGAAGCAUUUGCUCCGCUCCUUGAUCCAUAUCCUGGGCGCUCCUCCACCACCAAGAGUACGGCCGCAUCCCACCACAGAGGCACCAAGGAUCAAGGGAAAGAGUCCAAUGAGGAAAACAAGGAGACAGAUCAAGGGCUUCGACGCUGGCGAGGACGGCUACGACCUCGACGCAACAAGCGACGCGAGUCGCAGCAGGACGAUUCAGGCAGUUCGCAGAGUGGUCGGCGUCACCAUGCGUCAGGGUUUGAGACCACAUCUCGUCGCCGUCGCAGGCGUCGUCGUCCGCGCUCGCAUCGUGACUCUCAACAGGACGAAGUGCACCCCACCGAACACCACUCAUCACAGCAGAGCGUCCAUGGAGCACCCCUUCGUCAUGCACACACGUCCAGGCACAGCCAAUCCAGCUACCGUCCACGACACCACCACGCCGCGCCCGCCCGGCACAUCUUCGUCGCCCCCGUCGCAGCGCAGUCGUCCAGCAUGCAGCACCGAAAGGCAACUGCCGCUGGGAAGGUGACAGCGAAGCGGCUGACGAUUGGGCGCCGUGGCAUCACAGAUCACAUGAAGGCGUCGUCAACAUGUCUGCUGAAAGGAGAUGGCAGCUCUGACCACCGAGGCGCACGGCAGCAGCUGCACUCCCAGCACUUGCUUGCGGCACAGUCCGCAAUUGACGUCCGGCUUGCAGCUGCGUUACCACGCCCACCACAGCACCAGCAGCAAGCUGGCAUUGACACGCCUGCGCCGCACCCCAUUUCAUCCGCUGCGCCGGAAACAGGGCAGGAGGGGGCUGCACCAGCCAAACCUGCAGCCGCAGAUGACGAUAGCGCGACAACAGAGAGCACGAACAGGGUUGCUCGCUUCUUGGAGGCUGUCUCAGACGCCCUGCGUCGCUCCCUCAUCGGCGACGAGAAUGAAUAUUCACUGUAUGGAUAUGACUCGGCGCAUCGCGCUGUGUCUGCGUUACUCACGCUUGCUGUUGAAAGGAGCAAGCACGAAAAUCAGCCUGUCAUCACGCAGCGUCUUCUCGCCUCCAGUACCGCAGCACAACCCGUACAGUCGGUGCCAGAACCACAAGUGGAGGGUGGGCCGGCCAUCGUGUCUGAUUGGCCGUCUGUGCACACCGCAGGCGAGAGCGGGCAGUGCGACGCUUUUGCAUCCCCACAGGACCUGAGCACCAGCGCUCAUUCACCAGGGCUCACCAUCGUCCGCCCCCUUCCCUCCGGCAGCCGCAACUGGCAGCACACACACGCCGCCGACCACCACGCUCAAGAUCACCCGCACCACCUGCACAGCCGCAGUCGGGGCCAGGGCCAGGGACAAGGCCACGCCGUUGCUGCGCCCGCGUAUGCUCCGCAUCUGUCGUCCUCCUCCUACUCGCUCUUUGCUGAGCACUCAAUACAACACCCGCAGCCCAGCGCUGAGCAGCCACUGAUCUCAUGGCGGAGCCAGCACGCGGGCUCGCUUCACGCCCCCGACAUGAGAUGGGACGGCGAUGUGCGUCGGACGAGUGCGGAUCCGUACCGCAUACCGCCUCAUCACCAUCCCCCUCAUCAUGAGCAUGAACAUUAUCAACAUCAACAUUAUCAACAUGAUCAGCGGCAGCAGCAACCUCAUGCCCAUGGGAAUGACGGCGUCGGUGCUCCGUAUGGCUUCACCGACCACCACCACCGCCGCCGCCUGCACCCAGAGCAUGACCCGCGGCAUUGCGAGCGGCGGCAUGCUGGGUUUGGUGGCGACCCGCCCCCUCCGCGCCAGCAGCGACCUCGGUACCAGCGACCAACGCUUCUGGACAUGCUGCACACGGACUCGCCACCCACCCCCAUGCACGCGCAGCACAGCCUCCCACAGCACACCAUGUUCUAGCGCGUGCCCCAAGGCGACCUGGCCGACAAUAAACAAACGGCGUGUGGAAUGCGUCAACAAUCUACGCGUGGAAAGCGAA